CAGAGAGACCGCACGAUGGCCACACUGGAUCAGGCCGAAGUGCUGAGUGGAAAUGAUUUGUCCCGCAUUCUUCAACUAUGGGACGAAAAGCAUAGCAUCGCCGGGUACGAUCCGGAACCCAUCGUAACCCGGCUAGCGGAACUGUUCGAGGCGGAGAUAGUAGCGUACAAGAUGAAAGAUCCAGAUCCGUUCGAUGAGCGUCAUCCAUCCCGUACCGACCCGAACUGUGAGCUGGGCCGUAUGUUGAAGUUGCUAUUUCGGCGGGAUCUAUUCAUUACCCGGCUGGUGAACGAUUAUUUGCGAGACAAUUUCUACAUGCGACAGAACAUCCACCAAAGCUCGCACGCACUGAAUGUGGCCGCGUGUCGGUUAAUAUUGGUCAUCAUGCCCGGUCUCGAUACGUCGGCCGUCUUUCAGGUGGAGUACGAUCAUUUGAUCAAGCGACUGUACGGGUGGGCGGAAAACAGUGCCGAGCCGCUACAAAGCUACGCUACCGGUUUGCUCGGAGCGGCCAUGGAGGAGCAGGAGAUUGCCGUCAGCUUUCGGGAGCAAAACAUACGGCUGCUGCCGAUUAUGCUCGCACGAUUGCACAGUUUGCAGCAGCAGGCAUUCGGUCAGCAACCUACAACGUCUAGAUUAAGUACGCCAAAGGUAGCGGAACCGGUACCGGAACCGAAUAGUGCUGACGAGCAGCAACAGACCAAGAUGAUGAUGGAUGAGGAAGAUCGGGAGACUGGUGCGAAUCCCGAGCAAAUUAGCAACAACGACAAAGAAACCGAACAGGAGGACGCAAUGGAGGUAGCUGGCGGAGCCGGUGAAAAUGAACCAAUUGCAGCGCGAACACCACCAACAACGACGGGUACGAUUAUGAUUCCGUACUAUCCGGUAACGUUAGCCACCAGCCAGAUGCUAAUCCUAAACUAUCUCACACCCAUGGGCGAAUAUCAGGAAUUUUUACCGCACGUAUUUGAGCAAAACGCUAUGCAGCUAAUCUUCCGCUACAUCGAAAAUCUCGACCCUAAAGACACGUGUCUUGCGUUCGAAGCGCUCAAAUAUCUAGCGUCGCUGCUGUGUCAUAAAAAAUUUUCGCUCGAAUUUAUCGCCAACGGUGGAUUGGAGCGAUUGCUCAAGAUACCGCGCCCGAGUCUGGCCGCAACCGGUGUAUCGAUUGCGUUCUACUAUCUCGCGUACUGUGAGGAUGCGAUGGAGCGCAUUUGCCAGAUGCCGCGCGAAAUCAUUACCGAGAUGGUGUCGUACGCGCUAUGGUUGCUGGGCUGUUCACACGAUUCGGGCCGUUGCCAUGCAACGAUGUUUUUUGGGCUGAGCUGCCAGUUCAAGAUCAUACUGGACGAGUUUGACAAGCAGGACGGUAUCAGGCAGCUGUACAAUGUGAUCGCCGUACUGCCGGUGCUGGUCGUGUCGGACGAUUACCAGAUGAACGAGGAUGAGGAAGCAUCGGAACGGCAGGUCAUACGGCAUGUGUGUAUUGCGCUGAAGAAAUACUUCGAAAAUCAUCUGUACUACAAGUACAUCCAGGUGACGAGGCAACAGGAACCGCAGACGGCCGGUACGUUGACGCAACCGGUGUUUAAGGCGGUUAAAAAUUCGCCCGAAGUGAUCAGUCAGCAGAUUACGACGCUGCAGGAGUUGCUGCCGAUGAAGGCACACUGGGCACCGGUGGACGAGCUACUGAAGCUGGGCGGUGUAACGCUUUUGUUGCGCAUCAUUCUGCUAACCUUUGAUUGGACGUACAGUGGACGCGGUGACACGGUACGGUACGCACUGGAUGCACUAAGCGUUUGUACUGUAAUAUCGCGCGUGCACAGCGUGUUUGUCGAGCCGCUGCACCAUCAUGACGGCAUUCUGACCGGCAUCAGCAUACUGCUCAGUGCGGUCGAUGGUGACGUUGCUGAUGCGGAGGUUCAGAAGUCGGCCCUAGCACUGUUGGUACAUCUGGUCUGUGCACCGAUACAUCGACCGAGCGGUUCGCUGGCACGAUACGGUUCGGCGAAAAAGCGUAUGCCAAACAAAAGCUCCGAAGAGCUGAUACAGAAGGUGUGGGAAAGUGUGCGGUCGAACAACGGUAUACUGGUGCUGUUGGCGUUGAUGCGCAUCAAGGUACCGAUUACGGAUGCGGACUGUAUCCGGGGGAUGGCGUGCCGUGCAUUGGCAGGACUGGCACGGUCGGAAACGGUGCGACAGAUUGUUGGAAAGCUUCCGCUGUUUGUCCAUGGUGAACUGCAGAGCUUAAUGCGUGAUCCAAUUCUGCAGGAAAAGCGCGUAGAGCAUGUGCAGUUUCAAAAAUAUGCCCUGGAGCUGAUGGAGCGCGUAUCGGGUAAGGUCGAUACGUUCGGGAACCAGGUGGACACGUCCCUGUCCGACAUCCACAAGGCAAAUGUGGUCGCCCAAACGCGCAUCCAGUUCAACGAACAGCAGGUGUAUCAGCUCAUCUACCAGCACUUGGUUGCGAACGGGUUGAAGGAAACGGCCGCCACACUGACAAAGGAGACUGGCCUGAACUCGACGGCGUUCCAACCGCACCAUCACCAUUCGCUGCAAAAUCCAUCGUCUUCCAUAUCGCGAUCGGCCGCUGCCCUUCACUCACCGUUCGUCUUCCGUUCGCCGAACACCAACAUUAUACAGCGAUCACGCAUCCGUAGCCGGACAGUGGAUGCGUCGUUUAAUGCGUCAACGGCCCAGGCAAAUCUGCAGGCCGCACUAGCUGCGGCAAGCAUUGAAAACACCAACAACGGUUCGUCAGCAGCUACCGUUCCUACUGGAGGUGUGAAUGGGUUUGUAGCGGCCACACCGGAAGGCUCGUUCGAUGGUACCGGCGGCAGUAGCAGUCCAACAAUCGAUCCUGCCGAACCUCUCGCACCGAUUAAGCUAAUCAAAAAGCAACCCGGGACGAGUGGCAAUAGCACUACCGGUACACAAAAUGGACAUCAUCCGGCUACCGGUAGAGUGGCGGCAACACCUGCCGAUAUGAACCGUUCCACCUCCUCUAGUACAUCGCAGCGUUCCCUGCAGAAGCAGAUAUCGGCAACGGAUGCGUCCAACUUUUUGCUGCUAGCAACAACCACCGCCAAAACAGCGUUACCGACCGAGCUGGCCCCGCCUGCGCCCAACAACAUAACACUUAACUCGAUCAUCACCGAGUAUCUGACGAAUCAGCACGCGCUCUGCAAGCAUCCGAUGUCUACCUGCCCGCCAUUCGAUCUGUUCAAGCCCCACAAAUGUCCCGAUCCACGACCAAAUCGGGUGUCCGGUGUUGGGAACAAUUUUGCCGCCCGAUUUUAUCGCCGACAGGCGGGAUUCUCCUCCAGACGAUUCGAUCGGCGGUUGGUGCAUUCAAACUUUUCUGCCUCGCGUGUUCUACGAACGCCUGAGGUGGAUUAUUGUUUUACGUCCUGUGAUUUUACGCCAUGUGGAACUAGACUACUUGUCGGAUCGCUAUCGGGUGAGGUGAAAAUUUUCAAUCUAAACGACACUAACGAAGAGCACAGCUUCAGCUGCCACGAAACGACCGUUUCCUCGAUCAAAUGCAGCAAGGAUGGUAAGUUCCUGAUCACGUCCGCCAUCUGGCGUUAUCCCAUAUCGGCGCUAUGGAGUCUGGACGGAAAUCAAAUACUGGAAAAGCUCGUCUGGGACGAUGAGGAUUAUGUAGAGUUUGCCAACCUGACAACGGAACGAGUGUUGGCUACGACAAACCAGAUCGCUACCAUUUACGAUAUUAACACCGGUCAGAAGGUGAUGAAGUUCGAGCCGGCCAUUGCUAACCAUUACACGAAAAACCGUGCCACAUUCUGCCCGAACGACGAGCUAAUUCUGUCCGACGGUGUCCUGUGGGAUGUGACGUCCGGCAAAGAGAUACACAAGUUUGACAAACUGAACCAAAACAUUUCCGGCGUAUUUCACCCGAACGGAUUGGAAAUCGUGGAAAAUACGGAAGUGUGGGAUUUGCGCACCUUCCAUCUGUUGCGCACGGUACCGUCGUUGGAUCAGACGCACGUGAAAUUUUCAUCCCAAAACGUAAUGUACGGCAUUACGCUGGAUAAGGAAGAUUCGGAGGUGGCGGAGGUAGCAGCGUAUCAGACCAGCUUCAAGGUGUUGGAUAGUUAUGAUUACUCGAGCAUUGCAACGAUUGACGUGAAGCGCAACAUUUCCGACCUAGCUGUUAAUCGAUACGGUAGCCAGAUUGCGGUCGUCGAGAAUCAGGGUGGGUACAAUUCGUUGCAGGAGUCGGUGGUACGCAUCUACAGCGUUGGGCGAAAGCGAAAUACUGGCGACGAUCAGGACGAGGAUGAGGAGGAGAUGGAAAACUCGGAGGAAAAUACCCUGUCGGAGACGGAGUCCGUUGGUUCGUCUGCAUCAAACAGCGACGAGGAUGGGGACGACGACGACGAUAACGAUGAUGCUGACGAUGAGGACGGCGAUGGUGACAACAAUAACGAUGAGGGCGAUGGCGACGAUGACGAUCAUGAUGAUGGCGGUGGUGAUGAUUCCGACGAUUCGUCCUGGACGACGGCAUCGGAUGAGGAUUAUUUGUUUAGCUAUCGCUGAGCAGCAG